AGCGGCUGGGAGUUCACCUGUGCCUGCGGGGGGGAGGGGGGAAGACCCGCACAGGGCACGGGGCUUGGAGCCACCCGGGGUGGGGAGCGCCUCUCUGGCAGCCAUGAUGCAGUUUAUACUGCUCUUCAGCCGGCAAGGGAAAUUAAGACUCCAGAAAUGGUUUAUUACACUGCCUGAAAAAGAGAAGAAAAAGAUCACCCGAGAAAUUGUGCAGAUUAUUUUGUCUCGCAACCAGAAAAUGAGCAGUUUUGUUGACUGGAAAGACCUCAAGCUUGUUUACAAAAGGUACGCUAGUUUAUAUUUCUGCUGUGCAGUUGAAGAGCAGGAUAACGAACUCUUGACCCUAGAAGUUGUCCAUCGUUAUGUAGAGCUAUUGGACAGAUAUUUUGGCAAUGUGUGUGAACUGGAUAUUAUUUUCAAUUUUGAAAAAGCAUACUUUAUUCUUGAUGAGUUUCUGAUGGGAGGGGAAAUUCAAGAGACUUCCAAAAAAUCUGCAGUGAAAGCUAUAGAAGAUGCUGAUAUGUUACAAGAGACAAUGGAAGAAUAUAUGAGCAAGCCUGCUUUCUAACUAGAACCUACAUAAACAGAAAACGAGGCUCCAUACCAACGGUAUAUGCAAAAAUCUGCCUGCUCCUGGAUUUUAUUUAACAAUGAACCCCUCCCACCUCAAACCCUCCUGAAGGGGGCUGUCUAUGCAAUAGUCAAGAUGAAGGCCAGCCAUAAUAGCGCAAACAUGUAUUCUAUUUUAUAUGAGCAUGAUAGUAAACUUUCUUGGCUGUCCUGAUUGAAUGUUUGUUUUUACGGCAAUUUUUAGCUACCUGCCUCUCACUUCCAAGGAACGGAUACUAGAACACUUGAAGGAUAUAUUUAUAUGACUUUGGGUCAGUUUUUGACCAAUUCAGUGUAAUUUUGUAAAAUAAUAAUAAUAAUGAACCAACCAAAAACAUUUAUUUGAAUGUGGUCAUUUUUCUUGGAUUAAUAACAACCAUUUUGCAAAAAU